AUGAUGGAAGCUGUCCGGAAUUGCAAAGCACACAACAUUAAAAUCGGCGCUCACCCGGGCCUCCCGGAUCUCCAAGGCUUCGGCCGCCGUGAAAUGAAACUCUCCCCGGAAGAACUAACGGCCAUAACCGUCUACCAAGUCGGCGCCCUAAAAGGGUUCCUGGACAGAGAAGGCGUGCCGCUACACCAUGUCAAGCCUCAUGGCAUCCUGUACGGUAUGAUGUGUCGCGACUACGAAGUGGCCAAGGCUGUGAUGCUCGGGAUCCCCAAGGGCAUCCCCGUCUUCGGCCUUGCAGGCACCAACAUGGAGAAAGCUGCGAAGGAUUUGGGUAUCCCGUUCUGGGCAGAACUCUACGGUGAUGUCAAAUAUCGGGCGGAUGGAUCUUUGGUAAUCGAUCGAAAGAAGAAGCCGUGGGAUCUGGCGGAUGUGGAGAAACAUGUCACACAACAGGUGCGGACGCAGUCUGUGACGGCAGUUGAUGGAACCCAGGUCAACCUGCCCAUGGGGGAUUACCCGGUUUCCAUUUGCUGCCAUUCCGACUCUCCCGGGUGUGUGGGCAUCAUUGGGAAAACGAGGGAGGUGGUGGAUAAGUUUAAUAAAGAUAGGGAGGCGGGGAUUGUGUAG